AUGUACAUCAGGAAGCCCUCACGGAGCCAACAAAUUAUGUCACCUAGCCCCAAACCCAAGAAAAACCGUAAUGGUUAAAAGAAAGAAAAUGCGCACAGAAAAAGAGGAGGGCUCCACAGAGAAAAUGUUAAACAUUCCUCAUAUUACAUACGAUCAUGUGGCAGAUGAUCGAAAAAAUGACUACGCAAUGGAAGCCUAUGAGAAUACAGUAACAAAAAAGAGCUUUGGACUGCUGGAUGUCGGAACUGGACCUUUCAUCAGAACAAGCAGUUUCACGGAUGAUCUAGACAUGGAAGCAGACACGUUACUAACCCCGAUAACUCAUAUCUCUGAGCUACGGGAACACCAUCGAGCAGCGGUAAAAGUCAUCCGUAGAAUGCAGUACUUUGUGGCCAAGAAAAAAUUUCAGCAAGCCAGGAAACCCUAUGAUGUACGGGACGUCAUUGAACAGUACUCACAAGGUCAUCUUAAUCUGAUGGUCAGGAUCAAGGAGCUGCAGAGAAGACUUGACCAGUCCUUGGGGAAACCUUCACUAUUUCUGUCUGGGUCAGAUAAAGUGAAAGAUCGUGGUAAUAAUACUAUUGGAUCCAGAUUAAACCGUGUGGAAGAUAAGGUGACCCAGAUGGACCAUAAACUGAAUCUCAUAACUGACAUGCUUCACCAUCUCGUUGCCGGUCAACAGGGAGGUCAACCAACAAGCCGAUCGCCUCACAGAAGUAAUUCCCUAAAUAAUGGAAACAACCUGUCGAGUAACACCCUUCCUACCUAUGAGCAGCUAACUGUGCCAAGACGAGCUCAGGAGCAUAUUUCCUGA